AUGGUACAAGCAACAAAACCAGGUAAAGAAGAUAAAGGAACAGUUCCUAAAAAGGAACCUUGCACACGAUGGGGUGGAACGAGUGAAUGUAAUUGUCCUAAAGGGCCCAAAGGCUGUAUAUGUACAAAGAAAGGUCUACCUGAUCCUGAGGACCCUGAAUCGUGUCCAAAUAAAGACAAAGAUGCCGUAAGUAGUUAAAAUUAUGUAACUUCAUAUCUUCCAAUAUUUCCUUGUAUAUAUUAUUUUGUAUGGAUUUAUGGAGUUCGAUUUUAUAAAUUAACUAGCUUUUGCCCGCGACUUCGUCCGCGUAGAAAGAAACUUUGAACAGCAUUUCUAACGAAUAUUUAUUCAUUAUAUCAUGUAAAAUACCUGAAAUAAAGUUUCAUCCCCAUUUUAUCCCCUUAGGGGUAUUUUAUCCCCUUAGGGGUGGAAUUUAUCAAAUUCCUUUCUUAAGGGAAGCCUACGUCAUAGUAGUUUUAUGCAUGCAAAGUCUCAGCCCGAUCGGUUUAAAAUUGACAAAGUUUCAUACAAAUUUUCAUGCUCAAUUUUAUCCCCUUGGGGGCAGAAUUGCUCAAAAUCCUUUCUUAGCGGCUGCCUACGUUUUAGUAGCUUUAUGCAUGCAAAGUCUCAUCCCGAUCGGUUUAAAAUUCACAAAGUUUCAUACACUUUCAUCCCCUAUUUUAUCCCCAUGGGGGUAGAAUUGAUCAAAAUCCUUUCUUAGCGGAUGCCUACGUCAUAAAAUCUACCUGCAUGCUAAAUUGAAGUCUGAUCCGUCAAGUGGUUUGGGCUGUGCGUUGAUAGAUCACUAUGUCAGUCAGUCACCUUUGAGUUAUAUAUAUUUAGAUACAAAGCUAAAUUUUUAUGACUUAAUUCUAGGAUGAGGUUAUUACGUGCCCAAAAAAGGAAACGGCAUCUUGUGGGGUUGAAUGCAGUGUGCAUGGAGUUCCAAGUGCUGUUGGGAAAGAAGUGGCGUCAUGCAAACCUGAACCUUGUAAUGAUAAGAAAUGUACAUUUCCCAAAAACAUGAGAGCCGCACAAUGCAUUUUGGGACCAGAUUCUUUGACGAUGGUAUCUAAACUUACGCAUACCAAAACGGAAACGCCUAUUCCUGGCGUUUGUGUGUUGGAGAAUCAGAUCGUUUGUAAAUGUGGAUCUACUCCUACCAAACCAUGUGCAUGUCGAACAGACAUUAAAAGCGACUCGCGUCAAAGAAUAAUUGAAGAAGUAAUGGGGAAGUACACAGAUGUGACACCCAUAGAGAAAGUUAUGGACGAGAAGUGUAGAGCUGAUUUUAUAGGAGAAAAUCAAAAAAGACACGUUAACUUCAAUUCCAAAAUUAAAGAUGUUUUUCAGUUAAAUGUGUCUGAAAUUAUGAGCUCCUAUUCAUUCAGACAUUCAUCGUCUUAUUUCAUUGAAGACGUGACUCACGAAAAGAAACAAUUUUAUGAUAGUUGCAAGCAUCAAAAUGAUAAUGGACAUUAUAAGGAACACAAGAAGAAAAUAUUGCCAACUCUUCAUUGUUCUAAAAAAGUAUUUAACCAAAUAUCCAAAGAAAAGACAGAUGUUUUAUUAAGCAGUCCUUUAUUAAAUUAUAACAACUUUAUCAACAAAACUGUUGAUUGCGAAUGCUUAGACUCGAGUGGCCAAUUUACAAGAACAAACGAUAAACCCAAUAUUUUUGUAAAAUCUGGAAAUUAUACCAUAGAAAAAGAUUCACAAAUUCAGGAUUAUGGUGGUUUUAUACUACAAAGAUGUGAUGGUAUAUCUGUUAAAACUCUAAUAAAGAACUUCCUUUUACAAGUGUCUAAUAAAAGAUUCAAUGCUCGUCGUUCUAAUAUUUUUCAGUGGGUCACCGUAGAAUCUCUUCUUAAUGAAAUAUGUACUUUAACUCGGACUAAUGAUAAAACUGGCUAUGCUACGGAAAAUGAAAUUGAAAUUAAUAAUAUGACAUUAAAUGAAGAUGAUGCCAGAUUAUCCAAUAAAAAUGUCGAUCAAAAUAUACUGCUUAAUUCUCAAAACCAAUGUUCAGCAGUAAAUGGCCAAAUUAAAACAACAAUCAAUUAUGUUUAUGUAAAUACAAAACAUCUGAAAACGGGAGUCGAACAAUGUGAUAAGACCAUCUGCGCUUCGAUUUGGGAAGAAGCGAAAAGCUUAGACUCUGAUCAAAUAAAUAUUGGAUUAGAUACUCAUGGCAAGUCAAAAAUUUUAAAAAGAAUUAUACCAGAUCAAGAUAACGGUUCAUUAAAAACGAAUGAUAAUUUACAUCAAAGAAAAUGUUUACGACAAAAAAAAGUCGCAAGAUCUGAAAAAUCAGGGAGAUCCAGUGUCAAACUCGAAGAAACUAAGAUAAAAACAGUAGAUAGUAAAGCUUCAUUUGGAAAACUGAAUAAAAGGAAGAUUCGAAGUGAUAGUGAAAAUUUCAGAAAUGGAUUAACUAACAUCACCGAAACGCCUUCAGGAACUGUGGCUAUGGAAUUAGAUGAAGAUAUUAUAAAACAAAUUGAAAAACAGCUAGAAGUGAACCGUAAAGUAUACGCAUCCAUAAUAACAACUGACUCCGGUCGUCACAUAGUUAAUUUUAAUCCAGCAGGCUACUCCUCAAAUAAUAUAUAUGUUUUUAAGAAAUCGUCAUCUGGAAGUUUAUUGAUAGAGAUUGGUAAAAAUUAUGUUAAGAAUGAUGAUACAAUAACAGAAGAAAGUUCUUUAAAUUCGUCAGGUUCUGGUAUUUCUGUAGCAGUUGCAGUAAAGUUAGAACAUCCAGAACAAGAUGGAAUAAAACAAUCUCAAAUCAAUCUUGACAUUAAUGUUAUCGAUCCUAAUAAAAUUCCUAAACACGUUUGUUGUUCUGAAUCUAAGCUAGAAGAUAUGCAUAAAAAUGAUAAAGAAGAUAAUUUCAGUAAAUUGAAUACGCCUAGACACGCACGAGAAAAUACUAAACCCGUAUUCUUCAAGCUAUUGAUUAAAGAUUCGAAUCAAGAUCUUGACUGUCCUUUGGCUGUAUUGCAAGUGACAAACUCAAAUAAUUAUAUCGUUGAUGUAGACAAGGAAUAUGAGAAAGCAUAUAAAAAAACUAUGAAAGAACAUUUUGGUUUAGACUUUGAAUGUCCGAUAGAAAUAUCGAAGACAUCAUCAGGUACUGUUGUAAUCGAUUUCAUAGAUAAUAAAGAUAUAAAUAGUGCAAUGCCGAAUGCACUCUUAACAAGAUCUUUAUCAGGUAGUAUAAAAAUUCAAACAAAUUUGAAAAGGGAUUCUGAUAAGCCUUCUUAUAGAACAUCAUUUUCUUUUGAAGGAAAACGGCCAUCUGAAGUAUUUUCCAGUAUGUUAAAUCGUUUACCAGUUUCAAAAAAAGAAAGUAAAAAAGUCCCUUAUUUAACAGAUAAAAAAUCGAGUAGUGAUUCUAAUUUACUACAAAAAAUAAGAAUGAAACUACAAAAACAACAAAAUUUGUUAAUCGAGUCCUCUGCUUUUCUUAAAAGAACUACUUCAGGUCAAUACGCUGUUGUGUUAAAUAAAGAUUCAAAGAAAGCUUUUCUAAAUGAUUUAAAGAGUUAUGUAUCCAGGAAUGUACACGGUAAAGUGCCAAUCAAAAGAAUGGAAGAUGGAGAGAUUAUUAUUGUAUUGAAUAAUGAUAUUGAUGAAAAUAGUAAAAACGGUUCACUAAAGAUCACUCCAUCUGGGAAUAUUUACGUCUUGGUAGAUGAAAUAUAUUUAAACAAAGUUACGAAUGUUAAUGAGAAUUCUAAUUGUAUAUCAGAAGCGGUGAUACCUAAACUAGAAGCUGGUACAAGUCAAAAGCUUGAAAACAAAACUGUGACAACUACCUGUAAUGCCGUACCUAGUUCAUGUAAUUCGUGUGAUCCUAAAAAAUGUGUUUGUGGUGAAGUAUUAAGUCACAGUGUUGAUAAUAGCCGUUCUGAAUAUUUUGAUGCUAAGUGUGUGACAAAUUUUAAGUUUUGUUCCGUCGAAGACAGGUAUCAUGAUUGCAAAAAGGCCAAGUGCCAUUAUAAAGUUACGAAUAAAUAUUCCAAAAUUUUUACAAAAUUGAAUGUACCGAAAGAGAAUUCACCGCACAUUGUCAUCAAGCAAUGCACUUGUCAUUCCAAUGCUCAAAGUGGCUCCAUGGGUACAGACCAGCAGCUUUUUUACGUGUCCCAGUCUAUUUGUCCAUUUCAUAAAGAUAGAUAUGAAGCUGUUUCUAAUGAGCUUUUAGAAAUAACUGGAUUAUGCAAUAAACCUCAAAAAGAGACCGUGAAAUGUAAAGAUUGCGAUGAUAAUUGUGAUAUUGAGUCAAGUGAUGGAAAAUCCUCAUGUAUUAGUAGUGAUCUAGACCACUUAAAAUUUUUGCCUCCACAACUUCCUCCUUUUCUGACUGGCUUUAGAUGCGAAUAG